AUGGAGGACAGGCCUCACAAGGCCCACCGACCAUCCAAAACCGACAAGGGUAAGGGCAAAGAAAAGCAACAUGGAUUCAACGAGAAGGCUUUUGCGCCAAAAUCUGGCCGCCGAGCGGACCGCCAAGGCCGACGCAACGUUGAACGAGACCAAGCACGUCUCCAUGUCCCCCUUGUCAAUCGCACCCCCGAUUCAGAGCCCCCACCUGUCAUUGUCGCAAUCGUUGGGCCGCCUGGGGUUGGAAAGACAACACUACUGAAGAGUUUGGUGCGGAGGUUCACGAAGCAGACGUUGAACGAUGUCAAGGGGCCAGUGACGGUGGUGAGCGGGAAAAAGCGGCGGCUGACGUUCAUUGAAUGCAACAACGACCUGAACAGCAUGAUUGACAUUGGCAAAGUUGCAGACCUCGUCCUGCUCAUGAUAGACGGGUCCUUCGGGUUUGAGAUGGAAACAUUCGAAUUUCUUAACAUUCUCCAAUCCCAUGGGUUCCCCAAGGUCAUCGGCAUUCUUACUCACCUGGACCUCAUCAAAAAGGCUGCAACGCUCAAGACGACUAAGAAGACGCUUAAGAAACGUUUUUGGACCGAGAUUUAUCAAGGCGCAAAACUAUUCUACCUUUCCGGCGUCCUCAACGGUCGAUACCCUGACACCGAAAUUCUCAACCUCUCCCGCUUCAUCAGCGUUAUGAAGUUCCGCCCGCUAGUCUUCCGCAACUCCCACCCAUACCUUUUGGCUGACCGUAUUGAGGAUCUGACGCCCAGAGAAAAUGUGCGGGUGAGCAAGGGCAAAUGCGACAGGACUGUGACCGUGUAUGGUUAUGUGCGCGGGACAAAUCUACGCAUGGGUAACAAGGUUCACAUCCCAGGAGUAGGAGAUCUCGAUAUAAAGAGUGUGGAGAUGCUGGGUGACCCAUGUCCACUGCCUGAUGCGGACUCGGAGAAGCGGAGGAAGCUGAGCGAGAAGAAAAAACUGCUGAUCCACGCCCCUAUGAGCGAUGUCGGCGGUGUGGUAUACGACAAGGAUGCAGUCUAUAUCAAUAUUUGUGCUGAUUUUCUCGUCUCAGUUCCGCAAGGCGAAGGAGAACAGAUGGUGAUGGACCUGCAAGAAGCUGGCGUGACUUUGGAGGAUGGUGUUGCGCAGAGCCACAUCAAGCUUUUUGAGUCAUCUUCGAGGCACUUGACCGUUGAAGAGGAGAGCACGGAGGAAGACGAUGAAAGUGGCAACUCUGAUGAAGAAGAGGGUAUGAAUGGAGAAGAGGAUGGAGACGACUCUGGGUUUGAAACGGAGAGUGAAGACGAAGAUGAAGAUAUGGAGCCCAUUUCUCAAGGCGAGAACACUGGACGUCUACAAAGACGGAACCCAGCGCGGACGCUUCCCGUCGCCAGCACAUCAAAGCUCCAACGGACAGAAAUUGAUUAUGCGGACAGCGAUUCUGAUCUUGGUGAUGAGGAUGACUUGGGUGGGCGAUUUGAGAUGGAUGAUGAAGACCAACUAGAUAUACCUGACGACGACGAGGAUGCAGAAGAAUCCAGCGACACUGAAGCGGUCCCAAAAUGGAAAAGAAAUCUCACGGAGAGAGCACAAGCCUUGGGUACAAGCUCAAAGCGAAACAAGGACUGGAUGAAACUCAUCUAUUCAAGCGAUCUAACGCCAGAACAAAUAUUGGCCGGGAAUGACACUGUCCAUACAAGCGAGGACGAUAACGCCGACGACGACGAUUUCUUCAGAGUCAAGACCGUCUCUAGGCGGGAAGAAGAUGAGGACGUUGAUCGCAGUAAAGAGUUGGUCGAUUCAGAGGAGCUGAAGAGGUUAGAGGACGAUGAAAUGCUCGACUCUUUGCGCAGACUAUUCAUCACUGGUGCUUCCGAUGUCCCAGAAUCAGCCGAGCAAGAGGAUGACUACGAAGAAACUGGUGGUGAUUUUGAAGACCUCGAAGCCCCAUCGCAGUCGGUACCCAUAAACACGGACCCAGAAGCAACUCGUGCCGCGGCCCUUGCAGCAAAGAAAGAAGAGCUAAAGCGCAAGUUCGAUGAACAAUAUGAUGAUCCAGAGUCCUCCAAGAUGGAUUUUUACACCGAAAAGAAGGAGGAAAUAUCUCGUCAGCUCCAACUCAAUCUCGACGAGUUCAAGGAUGUGACGGCUGAAGCACGUGCUCUUGUGGAAGGAUAUCGACCCGGGGCUUAUGUGCGCAUCGAGCUGGUUGAUGUACCAUGUGAGAUGAUUGAGAACUUUGACCCGACAUAUCCUAUCGUUGUCGGAGGGCUUUUAGCCACCGAAGAGCGAUUCGGCUAUGUCCAAGUGCGGCUGAAACGACAUCGGUGGUUUGUCAAGACGCUCAAAACUAACGACCCGCUCAUUUUCUCCCUUGGCUGGCGGCGUUUCCAAACUGUGCCAAUAUACUCUUUGGAUGACCACUCGAUUCGGAUGCGAAUGCUCAAGUAUACGCCUGAGCACAUGCAUUGCUUUGCAACGUUUUACGGGCCGGUGGCACUUCCCAAUACCGGGUUCUGCGCAUUCAACUCGCUUGGGUCAGAGGCGCCUGGAUUCAGGGUCUCUGCGACAGGUGUUGUACUGGACAUUGAUCGGUCUGUCAAGAUAGUCAAGAAGAUCAAGCUGACUGGUGUGCCCUACAAAAUAUUCAAGAACACUGCGUUCGUGAAGGAUAUGUUUACCUCGGCAUUAGAGGUGGCAAAGUUCGAGGGUGCGAACAUCCGGACCGUCUCAGGUAUCCGCGGUCAGGUGAAGAAGGGGCUGGCGAAGCCAGAUGGAGCAUUCAGGGCGACAUUCGAGGACAAGGUGCUCAUGAGUGACAUCAUAUUCCUCCGCGCCUGGUACUCCAUUCAACCGCGUAAAUUUUACAACCCGGUCACGUCGCUCCUCCUUUCGAACAAGUCGUCGUGGUCAGGCAUGCGUUUGACAGGCCAAGUUCGUCGUGAUGAAGGCAUCAAGACACCGCUCAAUGUGAACUCGACCUACAAGCGGAUUGAACGCCCCGAGAGGCGGUUCAACCCACUUAUCGUGCCCAAAAAGCUGCAGGCUGCUUUACCCUACGCGUCCAAGCCUCGGAUAAUGAAGCCGCAACGAAAGGAAACAUAUAUGUCCAAAAGGGCUGUCGUGAUGGAGCCGGAAGAGCGCAAGGCUGUUGCUCUAUUACAACAGAUGCGGGCGUUGAGGAAAGAUCAGGUAGCUAGAAGGAGAGAAAAGAAGGGCGAAAAACGGGCCGAGAGACAAAAGAAGGCAGAAAAGUCGGAAGAGAGGAGGAGCGAGAAAGACAAGGAGAAAAAGAAAGAGGUCAUGCGUGCGAUUGGGAAGAAGAGCGCAAAGUUAGAUGCGACGGUUUCACGAAGACGGAUGAUGGCAGCUGUAAAAACUGUGCCAACGCUGGACAACAAACCUGCGCAUAAGAGGGGGCCGCGGUUCAAGGAGCUGGACGCCUUGAAGAAGCAAGUAGCCAAGUUGGAGUUGAAAUUGCGGACACUGUCAGUCUGCUCGUUGUGCUCGCAGCCUCUACCAACCGAUUCGGCUGCCUCGAUGUUUCAGAAGACAGAGAGCUCAUCUAAUAGCUCUGACGCUCCAGAGGACGAGGACGACGGGCAUCUCGCCGACAAUUUCAGCCACCUUUCGAUGGAUGAAUCUUUUUAUGGCUCCGCGAGCAACUAUUCUGUCAUAAAUACAGCCAUGAAGGUUCAUGAGCAGGUGACCGGUCAACCACGGGACUCCACACGCACGUGGGAUGCGAUAUCUUGGUGGGAAUCUCAACAACAGCACCCAGGAACGGACGGCAGUAGUGGUUUUCCCGAACCUGACCUGAUAUCGUCUUUGGUGGCUCUCUAUUUUGCAGAGUUCCAUCCCACUAUGCCCAUCUUACAUCGACCUUCUUUUGAGCGCUCGGUAGAAGAAGGACUUCACUUCAAAAAUCUGCAAUUUGGUCAGCUUCUACUAGCUGUUUUAGCGACUGCAUCCCGUUAUUCUGACGAUCCACGAGUAUUCGUUGAUGGUCAAACGACGUUAUCUUCAGGAUGGCCCUUUUUCUCUCGAAUUUCUCUUGACUGGCUAUCCGCGCCAGGACUAUACGAGACUCAAAAGCCCUCGGUAUCGCAUCUCUCUUACAACGAGGAGAACAUGAUAGACAACGAGAGCAACCUACAACACCAGAAUUCGAAUCAUGGAACAGAACAUUCUGGCAAGUCGUACAUGUACUUGGACCGCAUUAUCUGCGGCUCUACUGGGCGUCCAGUCAGCAUCCCAAUUGAAGACAUCGAUGCUUCCCUUCCACUCGAAGUUGAUGAUGAGAGUUGGGAUGAUUUUGUCCAACCUCCCACCACUCCAUCAUUAUAUACGUUCCUCACUUGCUAUGUUAAACUUCUUGAGAUCACGGUGACAGCAACACGUCUCUAUAGUUCGAAGAAGUUGAGGCGAACCUGGCUAGGUCCGGAGCCCGGUCAACGAGCUAUUGCAGAACUGGACUCGUCGCUCAACCAAUGUUUUGACUCGUUGCCAUCUCAUUUGCAAUGGGCUCCAGACAAUGCUUCCUCAGUAAACUCGGCAUUCUUUGACCAGGCGCUUGUUCUUUAUAUAACUCACCACUGGACCCGCAUCGCAAUUCACCGACCAUUCAUCCAUAAAGAUACGGUCUUGGCUGAACCCUCCCUUGCUACCUGUAUCACCGCUGCGCGAGCAGUGAUUAGGGCUACGAACAGCUGGGUAAGAUCUCGUCAUAGUCUUGUUCCGGCAGCCGUCGUCUCUCCGCUCUUCGUUGCUACAAUCGUCCUCGCCCUCGAGAUCUGCUCAAAUAGAAGUGUGCCAAGCUAUGCGAAAGACCGGGCGCUAGUCGAGGAUGGCAUGAAUAUAAUCAAAGUUUGCGCUGCAAGACGACAUUCAGAGGUGCGGUUCAGCGGCAUACUCGAUCAAAUCCGAAUCAUCAUAGACCCACUUCAACAACGUGACCCCCACGGUUCCGAAAUCCAUCCACCCAGGACAACGACCGGUUACUCCCCCCUCCCCUCCCUCUCCCCAAUCCAAGAUUAUGAUCAGGGGAUAUCAAUAGAGCAAUUGUUGGCCCAAACGGAGGAUCUCCCUGUUCUUUCACCUGCACCAUUUCUGCACGAGUCUGGGGCGGGGGUUUGGAAGGCUGCUCCAACUGAUUUCAAUGACCUUGCACAAUGGGACGUUUAUCUACGCCAUUACCAGUAUCCAGACCUAGAUCAAGCGAACUACAUUCACCAGUCAUAG